UUCUUCCAGCCGCUCCCAGCCUCCCGCACGCUCCGGGGAUGUACAUGCAGGUGGAGACCCGCACCCGCUCUCGCCUCCACCUCAAGAGGGCCCCAGGCCUGCGCUCCUGGUCGCUGCUGGUCGGGAUCCUGUCCAUCGGCCUGGCCGCGGCCUACCACAGUGCAGACAGCCUGGGCUGGAAGCUCUUCUACGUCUCGGGCUGCCUGCUAGUGGCUGUGCAGAACCUGGAAGACUGGGAGGAAGCCAUCUUCGACAAGAGCACUGGGAAGGUCAUCUUGAAAACCUUCAGCCUGUACAGGAAGCUGCUGACACUGCUCCGAGCAGGCCACGCUCAAGUGGUGGUCCUGCUGAAGGACAUCCGGGACGUGAACGUGGAGGAGGAGAAGGUCCGGUACUUCGGGAAGGGCUACUCGGUGGUGCUGCGCUUCGUCACGGGCUUCUCCCACCCGCUCACCCAGAGCGCCAUCAUGGGCCACCGCAGUGACGUGGAAGCCGUGGCCGAGCUCAUCACCGGCUUCCUGGAGCUGCAGCGCCUCGAGAGCCCCUCCGAGUUGUCUGAGAGCAGUGACAGUGAGGCCGACGGCCCGGGGCAGAGCUGACA